AGAGCUUACAGUUGAGACUGCUCACCUCUACCUUUGAAGGGAUCAACGGAUUGUUGUUGAAACAACAUUUAGUUCAGAAUCCAGUCAGACUCUGGCAACUUUUAGGUGGUACUUUCUAUUUUAACACCUCAAGGAUGAAGCAGAAGAAUAAGGAGAAGGAUAAGUCGAAGGGGAAGGCUCCUGAAGAGGACGAAGAGGAUAGGAGACGCCGUGAGCGGGACGACCAGAUGUACCGAGAGCGGCUGCGCACCUUGCUGGUCAUUGCAGUUGUCAUGAGCCUCCUGAAUGCUCUCAGCACCGGUGGAGGCAGCAUUUCCUGGAACGACUUUGUCCACGAGAUGCUGGCCAAGGGUGAGGUGCAGCGUGUCCAGGUGGUGCCUGAGAGCGACAUGGUGGAAGUCUACCUGCACCCUGGAGCCGUGGUGUUUGGGCGGCCUCGACUAGCCUUGAUGUACCGAAUGCAGGUUGCAAAUAUUGACAAGUUUGAAGAAAAGCUUCGAGCAGCUGAAGAUGAGCUGAAUAUCGAGGCCAAGGACAGGAUCCCGGUUUCCUACAGGCGAACAGGAUUCUUUGGAAACGCCCUGUACUCCGUGGGGAUGACAGCGGUGGGCCUGGCCAUCCUGUGGUGUGUUUUCCGUCUGGCCGGAAUGACUGGCAGGGAAGGUGGAUUCAGUGCUUUUAAUCAGCUUAAAAUGGCUCGCUUCACGAUUGUGGAUGGGAAGACGGGGAAAGGAGUCAGCUUCAAAGACGUGGCAGGAAUGCACGAAGCCAAACAGGAGGUCCGCGAGUUUGUGGAUUAUCUGAAGAGCCCAGAGCGCUUCCUCCAGCUUGGCGCCAAGGUCCCAAAGGGCGCACUGCUGCUCGGUCCCCCUGGCUGUGGGAAGACGCUGCUGGCCAAGGCGGUGGCCACGGAGGCUCAGGUGCCCUUCCUGGCGAUGGCCGGCCCAGAGUUCGUGGAGGUCAUUGGAGGCCUCGGCGCUGCCCGCGUGCGAAGCCUCUUCAAGGAAGCCCGAGCCCGGGCCCCCUGCAUCGUCUACAUUGAUGAGAUUGACGCGGUGGGCAAGAAGCGCUCCACCACCAUGUCCGGCUUCUCCAACACGGAGGAGGAGCAGACCCUCAACCAGCUUCUGGUAGAAAUGGACGGAAUGGGCACCACAGACCAUGUCAUCGUCCUGGCAUCCACGAACCGAGCUGACAUUUUGGACGGUGCUCUGAUGAGGCCAGGCCGACUGGACCGGCACGUCUUCAUUGAUCUGCCCACACUGCAGGAGAGGCGGGAGAUUUUUGAGCAGCACCUGAAGAGCCUGAAGCUGACCCAGUCCAGCACCUUUUACUCCCAACGUCUGGCAGAGCUGACACCAGGAUUCAGCGGGGCUGACAUCGCCAACAUCUGCAACGAGGCUGCCCUGCACGCAGCGCGGGAGGGACACACUUCGGUGCACACGCUCAACUUCGAGUACGCCGUGGAGCGCGUCCUUGCAGGGACUGCCAAAAAGAGCAAGAUCCUGUCCAAGGAAGAACAGAAAGUGGUUGCAUUUCACGAGUCGGGCCACGCCUUGGUGGGCUGGAUGCUGGAGCACACGGAGGCUGUGAUGAAGGUCUCCAUAGCCCCUCGGACGAACGCCGCCCUGGGCUUUGCUCAGAUGCUUCCCAGAGACCAGUACCUCUUCACCAAGGAGCAGCUGUUUGAGCGGAUGUGCAUGGCCCUGGGGGGCCGGGCCUCGGAAGCACUGUCCUUCAACAAGGUCACUUCCGGGGCACAGGAUGACCUGAGGAAGGUCACCCGCAUUGCCUACUCCAUGGUGAAGCAGUUUGGGAUGGCACCUGGCAUCGGCCCCAUCUCCUUCCCUGAGGCACAAGAGGGACUCGUGGGCAUCGGGCGGCGCCCCUUCAGCCAAGGCCUGCAGCAGAUAAUGGACCAUGAAGCAAGACUGCUGGUGGCCAAGGCCUACAGACACACCGAGAAGGUGCUGCAGGACAACCUGGACAAGCUGCAGGCGCUGGCAAACGCCCUUCUGGAAAAGGAAGUGAUAAACUAUGAGGACAUCGAGGCUCUCAUUGGCCCGCCGCCCCACGGGCCGAAGAAAAUGAUCGCACCGCAGAGGUGGGUCGACGCCCAGAGGGAGAAACAGGACUCGGGAGAGGAGGAGGCCGAAGAGACCCAGCAGCCCCCACUUGGAGGCGAAGAGCCGACUUGGCCCAAGUAGCUGGGACGUGUUGGCCGCACGUGUGGGUGACCCGAGAACUGAGGGCUCACUCAGCCACCCUGCGUUGCUUUUCAACUGAGGUUUGCACUUCCUCUUGCGGCCCUCAGUAGUCCCUGUGCAGCGACUUCUGAGAUCUGUUUGUUGAUUACCCUUUUCAUGAUUGUAAGUUUCUCUGCAGAAACAACUGGCCAAGCCUUGUGUGUGUGCGUCGUCUCCCCUGUGGGGAAGGUUCUCAGUGCGUUCCUGAGUGAGCAUGGAACACCUGAGUUCCCAAGGUUCUAGACAGUCGUUUCCAGCGUGGCUGAGGCCACCCAGAGGCAGCAGAGCAUUCAGACUCCGAACAGACCGCUGUUCAUGCCGACGCUUGCACGGCCUCCCAGUUCCUGUGGCUCCCUCAGAAUGCUAACGGGAUCGGACAUGAAAGGACCCUCUGAGCCAGCAGCCCCGUCCUCCAGCUCACUCGUCAAUGGGGCCACACAGUCCGGCCCAGGCACUGGGCUCCAGGGGACUCAACACUGCCCCCUGCUGCCAUGUGGACGGUGCAAGUUGAGGACUUCUUGCUGGUCUAGUCACACAUGCAGUGUUGGGGGAUGCCUUGGUUUUUUCUGCCCUGAGAACUGUUGAGACACUUUACUAAUAAACUCUGUGGUUGGAAAAU